GAGGAGCCAUCAACGGACCAGGAUCUGCUCCCUGUACUGGGCAUGUUAAUUCUUGACACUCUUGCUAGCUUUGAUAUUGAGAACCGUGUAGAAAUCAACAGAUCAACAGGCCUCAUUUCAAAGAUCAUAGAUUUCACAAGCAACAGAACUGACAUGACCAAUAUUAGUGAGACAGACCAGGCACUGCUGAAAGGUUCAUCGUUGAAACUGCUGAGAAGACUUGCAAGUACUCGAGGGAAGUUUGGGGUAACUUUGCGACAGGAGAUUUCAGAACAUCCCUUCCUUUUGAGCAACCUUGCAGCGAUCUUGGAAGACAGUGGGAGCAGCCAAGAACUUAGGGAGCUAACAACAGAAAUCCUUAGAAACAUUUCCAUGGAUGCAAACACAAGGGACGAGAUCGGGAAGAUUCGGGUGAUCAUUAGCAGGUUGAUGCAUGCAUUUCUUAACCGAGAAGCAGCCUCAAGUACAUAUUCAGAUAAGUUACGAAAGGUCGCCGGGCAAGCCCUGGCAGUGCUAGCAAUGGACAGUGCGAAUAACUGUUUGGUUAUGUUAGCCGAACCAGGGUAUGUAUUCAUCAAGGAGCUCGCAUUUAUGAUCCAUGGGGACAUGUACAGGUACGUAGCAGCAAGCUUGUUGCGAAGUAUGUGCAUGCAUGCUCAACCUAAGUUCAACAACUCCGAACUGAAGGAGUUCUCUCACAUCUUGCGAGAGGUCUUGGAAGGAAUAAUGGAUGCAGAAGGGGCGGAACUAGAGGUCCUUGUUGGCCUUAGUUCACAAAUAUGUCAUGCCAUUCCUGGAGACUUUGAGCGUGAACUUGAGCAUGGUCAGAUUAAAGAAAGAUUUAUAAACAGACUUGUCUGUGCACUUAACUCAAAUAUGACACCUACUGCUCAUUGUCCGGGAAUCAGGAGGGUGAUAGUUGAACAUGCCAUACACAUAAUGGAGUGCAAUCCUAGCUACACCGACUGCUUUAAUAAAUGCUGGAUGAUGGAAGCACUGCUGCGGGUAGAACAUACACCUUCAAGGGCUGAAAAGUACAGGUUCUUCUUGGGCGACGCAGGACUGAUGGAGCACAGUGUGCCUCUCUCUGCUCUCGUGGCAAGAGCAAAGGAGCUGAUGGGCCAUGAGUGGCGACAAGGCAUCAGCAGUGUCACUAUCACCUAAACAUGCAUGUAUUUGGAUGAUGUUGUACUACUGUCAAUUUGCUCAACAUAGUGGUGGGGUAUUGAUUGCAAUCCAGGGA